CUGACAGGUGACAUCGUGGUCUUUACAGUCCCUCUUCCAUACAAAACGUUUUUUGUUUGUUUUUGAUAUUUUUCUUCACUGUUUUCGAAAAUCUUUUCAAAUGGGCGCAUUGAGGGUCCGGUUUAAAAGUAAAAGACAGUCUGUGGACCAUGGAGGCGUGGGAAGGGACGAUGAUAGGCUUGAUGCGCCAUCUGGGAGACACUACUCACGUGUGCCAUCUGAAUCCCCGCAGGAAGAGCCACACUCACCGAAGGCCGGUGAGACUCCAUCAAGCCCGGAUGUCCAUACCUCCCGCUCUCACAGUGACGCUGGCAAACGGAGGGCAGGGCUGAAGUCCUCCGAGCUGGAUGCAGAGAAGAAGUACCUGGGAGUAAGAGUCAAGAUGCCCGUCAAAGACAUGCUUAGGACCAUACGCCUGGCCAAGGGCUUGGACCCUCAGGGGAGUCAUGGAAAAUCAUCUAAAGGAGAGAAGAAGCGUGUCAACACACAGGGAGAGCGCAGGGCCGGCAAGAAAAAAAAAUCCAUGAAGAGCCUGGAGGAGCUGGCCUUCAUAGUUGAGGUGCUGGAAGAGGAUCUGAAAAACUACAGCCCUCCAACCAAGCCUAUUUUCCAUGGCUACAGCCCUCUUUCCCCAGAGUACAGCCCACCUCCUCAGCCUCUCUCCCCUAGCUACAGCCCUCCAAUCCAGCCUCUCUCCCAUGGCUACAGCCCCCCUCCCCAGCCUCUCUCCCCUGGCUACAGCCCUCCUCCCCAGCCUCUCUCCCCUGGCUACAGCCCUCCUCCCCAGCCUCUCUCCCCUGGCUACAGCCCCCCUCCCCAGCCUCUCUCCCCUGGCUACAGCCCUCCUCCCCAGCCUCUCUCCCCUGGCUACAGCCCUCCUCCCCAGCCUCUCUCCCCUGGCUACAGCCCUCCUCCCCAGCCUCUCUCCCCUGGCUACAGCCCUCCUCCCCAGCCUCUCUCCCCUAGCUACAGCCCCCCUCCCCAGCCUCUCUCCCCUGGCUACAGCCCUCCUCCCCAGCCUCUCUCCCCUAGCUACAGCCCUCUCUCGCCAGAGUACAGCCCUCCUUCCCAACCUCUCUCUCCAGUGUACUCCCCUGACCCGAGUGAGAGCACCUGGAGCCCUGAGGCCCUGUUUAGCUACCAUUUAAAGGACACUCAGCAGAGUGAUCUGCCCCUAGACUACCCCUCUCUAGGCUUGCCCCUCUCCCGAUCGCUCUCCACUGCCCUUAACCAGCUCAGCCCCCUGGGGGGUUACAACAGCAAGGGCUCUGAUGACAUGAUAUCAAGCCCUGGGUCAUACAUGUCCCACUCCCCCAGCCUCAGUGAGUACCAGGUCCCCUCUCCCCCCAGCACUACCCCAGAUGUGGGGUACCAGGCCUGGAAUGAUACUGCAUUCUUCUGGAACCAGCUGCAGCAUGAAGGGAACCUGAUCAGGGAGGUGUCCGACUCUCAUCUCCUAGACACUGAUGAGAAUGGCCAGAUAGCUCUUCACAAAGCUGCGACUGAGGGUCGCCGGGCGCUGGUAUAUGCUAUUGCCAAGAGGAUGGCCGCUCUCAACAGUCUGGACCUCAAAGACUCUGAAGGAAAGUCUGCCCUUCACCUGGCAGCCCAGAAUAACCAGCACAUGAUUGUGGAAGACCUGGUCCGGAUGGGUGCUAAUGCUAAUGAGACAGACCGGUCUGGGAAAACCUGCAUGCAUCUCAGUGCAGAGAACGGUUACAUUAGAGUUGUAGAGGUUCUGAUGAAACUGAUAAAGGAGGGAUUCUAUGUUGACCUUGAAGCCACUGAUAAGUACGGUCUGAAUGUCCUUCAGUGUGCUGCUGUUUCUCUGAAGCUGACCGUGAGGGAGCUGGAGAGGAGCGCGUCCCCUGGCCGGACCAGACUCCAAACCCUUCGUAAGGAGCAGAUCAUGGAGACCCUGGAAUACCUUCUACUGAUGGACAACUACACCCUGGACCAGGGCUUUGGGGUGGACCCAUUCCCCAGGGUUCCAGUAUGGAGCCUUACAGACCCACCCAGAGAGGGGUCCCCAAGGCUAGCAUGGACCAGGGGGUGAGGAUGUUCUAGAGCUGGGUGGUCCAUGGCCACCACGUCUGUCUCUAGCAGAAGGAUGUGUUCAUCUGCCUCACAAGGCGUAUGCAGACCUGACAGUAAAUGUUUCUGAGUUAUUACAAACUUGAACUUGUCUGAGAGAGGUUCUAGUGGUAUGAGGGUCUUCAUUUAUUUCUAGCUGCUAGUUUGAUGCAUAGACCCUCUGUUAGAUGCCGUCUCUCCAGGCAAGUCAAGUUUUUAUGUCAUGCAUUCAGAGUUAUUUUGUGCAAGGCUCAAAACAGGAGUGAACCACUCUCAUUUUUUUGUGGCCUGUAUUUAAAACUAGGAUGCUCAUUAGCUGGUUUCUGUGAAACUUACAUUGUUUGUUACAUUAAAGUAACAAGAUAUAAACGCAAGUCAAGCGAAGAGGUGAUGGUGUUGGAUAUUUGUGUUGUUAUUGGUGUUGACCCUUCACUGGUGCUCUUUUAAAGACACUGGUAAACCAUGUGAUAUCCUGACAGUCCUGUCUACAUUUUGCAUAACAUAGUGUAAGUGGUCAAAUAAAGA